AAAAAAAAGACGGAAAAUCAAAACCCCCGAAAGUAAAGAUCGGUGUUCCUCUUUCUCUCUCCAUGUGUGUGUGGGGCUUAGGGCAACGAAAUUAACGCAAUCGGAGAAUAUCUCUCUCUCUUUCUCUCUCAUACAUUGCGAGCUUCGUGAACUUUUGAACAAUUAGGCUCCGAAUCACACUCCACUGUCUCUCUCUGUGCAUUUUCCUUGUCCCGCACGUCUUUCUCUUUCGACUUCAGCGAUAAGCGCUUAAAGCGCUUCCAAAUCUCGUCGCAAUUCUACUUUCAAAACACACACACACACACACUCUCGCUCUCGCACUCUCUGAGUUGUUAGUUUUUCUUGUUUUGGAGUAUGACUUUUAGGUUUUGAUUUCGUCGGCAUUGAUGGCGAUGAAGCGAGGACUGUCAGGUGCGAGCGUCCACAGGAACAGAGGCGGUGGAUCUGGAUUCCCUUUAGCAAUUCUCCUCUUCUUCGCGGUCCUCGUCCCUUUCAUUUUCUUUGUUCGACGAGGUCUCCACGCCACUGAUCGAGAUGAUCUUUCAACUGAUCCAAUUAAACAGAAUGUGGAUUGGAGAGAAAGGUUGGCACUGCAAAAUGUAAAAUCUCUUUUCACAAAAAAGGCCAUGGAUGUUAUCGCUUCCCGCACAAGUGACAUGGGGCCUCUGAGUCUUGAUAUUUUUAAGAAAAACAACUUGUCUGCUUCAUGGAAAGUCAUUGGUGCAAAGACUUCAGUUGUUGACAGUGACUCUUAUGAGCCAAACCGAGAGGCUGCAGAUGUUAGAAAAGAAACACCUAAAGGCAAAAGGCACAAAUUUUCAGAUGAUCGUGCUCAAUUUAUCGCUAAACCUGCAGACCUAGCCCGGAGGCAAUUGCGUGAGAAGAGACGUGAAAAGCGUGCAUCUGAAUUGGUAAAACAGGAUGAUGAAGCAAUUGUAAAGUUUGAAAAUGCAGCCAUUGAACGUUCCAAAUCAGUUGACUCUGCUGUUCUGGGAAAAUACAGCAUAUGGAGGAAAGAAAACGAAAAUGAGAACUCUGAUUCAACAGUACGCUUGAUGCGGGAUCAAAUCAUAAUGGCAAAGGUCUAUUUAAGCAUUGCGAAGAUGAAGAACAAGGGUGACUUGUACCAACAACUAGAGGCUCACCUUAAACAGAGCCAGCGGGCUUUAGGAGAGGCCAAUGCUGAUGCUGAUCUACAUAGCAGUGCACCUGCGAAAAUCAAAGAUAUGGGCCAACUUCUGUCAAAAGCAAGAGAGCAACUGUAUGACUGCAAGUUGGUGACUAAGAAGCUGAGAGCAAUGCUUCAGUCAGCAGAUGAACAAGUUAGAAGCUUGAAAAAGCAGAGUACAUUCUUGAGUCAGUUAGCUGCCAAGACCCUUCCAAAUGCAAUCCACUGCUUAUCUCUGCGCUUAACCAUAGAUUACAACCUCCUUCCUCCAGAAAAGCGGAAGUUCCCCAGAAGUGAGAAUUUGGAGAAUCCAAAUCUUUAUCAUUAUGCCCUCUUCUCAGACAAUGUCUUGGCUGCAUCGGUUGUUGUCAACUCAACUGUUAUGAAUGCCAAGGACUCUUCAAAACAUGUUUUCCAUCUUGUCACUGAUAAACUCAAUUUUGGAGCCAUGAAUAUGUGGUUUCUGUUGAAUCCUCCUGGAAAAGCCACGAUCCAUGUUGAAAAUGUUGAUGAAUUUAAGUGGCUUAAUUCAUCUUAUUGCCCUGUUCUUCGUCAACUUGAGUCUGCUGCAAUGAAAGAGUAUUAUUUCAAGGCUGGCCAUCCAACCACUCUUUCAUCUGGUGCUGCUAAUCUAAAGUACAGGAACCCGAAGUAUCUAUCAAUGCUUAACCAUCUGAGGUUCUAUCUACCACAGGUUUAUCCAAAGUUAGAUAAGAUCCUGUUUCUUGACGAUGACAUUGUUGUCCAGAAAGACUUGACUGGACUGUGGUCUGUGAAUCUCCAAGGCAAGGUUAAUGGGGCGGUGGAGACCUGUGGUGAGAGCUUUCACCGUUUUGACAAGUACCUUAACUUUACAAAUCCUCAUAUUUCAAGAAACUUUGAUCCAAAUGCAUGCGGGUGGGCGUAUGGGAUGAACAUUUUUGAUCUUGAGGAGUGGAAAAAGAGGGAUAUUACUGGCAUAUAUCACAAGUGGCAGAACAUGAAUGAAGAUAGGGUACUUUGGAAGCUUGGGACAUUACCUCCGGGAUUAAUUACAUUUUAUGGGCUGACACAUCCUCUUGAGAAGUCAUGGCAUGUGCUUGGUUUGGGUUACAAUCCAAGCGUUGAUCGUACAGAGAUUGAUAAUGCUGCAGUGAUACACUAUAAUGGCAACAUGAAACCCUGGCUGGAGUUGGCAAUGACAAGAUAUCGUUCUUACUGGACUAAGUACAUUAAGUAUGAUCAUCCCUACCUUCACAGGUGCAAAUUAAGUGAAUGAACUCAUUAUUGAGGGCUUUGUCAUAUGGUGAGAUCUUCUCUAUCUCUCUUGCUGGUUGGGUCGUUAUUUCUAACUAAGACGUCACUUUAGUAAGUUUAGGCAGAGAGGGAUAAGAUUUGUUUUUCUUUGGGGUAUUUUCCCUAUUUUGUUAUCUUUUCCACAUUGUUUAUUCUUCUCUGUAAUUCUUUCAAUUUGUUCCCAUCAUCCCUCACCCAUUGGAACAAGGUAACAAAUUCUAUGCCUUGUUUAGCUGUAAAAACUCUUUACUGUAUCUCAUUUUGGAGCUACGUGCGAUAUGGACAGAAAUAGGAAUUCAGUACCAUUUGCUAAUGUUUGAGCUGCAACUUGCUCGCUUCGAAGAA